GGGCCCCCGCGCGGGUCACGUGGGCGCGGGGCGCGCGGAGUGCGGCUGCGCCGGCCGGUAGCUGCAGCUGGAGCGGUGGCGUUUGGAGGCGACGCGGACAGACCUUCUCAGAAGCUUCACAGGAGGGAAAGCGGCGACAGAGAAGGAAUUUCUCAUUCUUGGCACGAAACUGAAUGGCUUCUACAGGGAGCCAGGCCUCUGACAUAGACUCGCUCUUUGGAUUCUUCAGUGAUGGCGCACCCCCCACCAAAAAGCCCAGGAAGCUGCUCCCAAGCCUGAAGACCAAGAAGCCCCGGGAGCUCGUGCUGGUGAUCGGAACAGGCAUCAGUGCCGCCGUCGCGCCCCAGGUCCCAGCCCUGAAGUCCUGGAAGGGCCUGAUCCAGGCCUUGCUGGACGCGGCCAUCGACUUUGACCUUCUAGAAGAUGAGGAGAGCAAAAAGUUUCAGAAGUGUCUCCAUGAAGACAAGAACCUUGUCCACGUCGCCCAUGACCUUAUCCAGAAGCUCUCCCCUCGCACUAGUAACGUCAGAUCCACGUUUUUCAAGGACUGUUUAUAUGAAGUAUUUGAUGACUUGGAGUCGAAGAUGGAAGAUUCUGGAAAACAGCUGCUUCAGUCAGUUCUGCACCUGAUGGAAAAUGGAGCCCUGGUAUUAACUACGAAUUUUGAUAAUCUCCUGGAACUGUAUGCGGCAGAUCAGGGGAAACAGCUGGAGUCCCUUGACCUUACCGAUGAGAAAAAGGUCCUCGAGUGGGCUCAGGAGAAGCGGAAGCUGAGCGUGCUCCACAUCCACGGCGUCUACACCAAUCCCAGUGGCAUCGUCCUGCACCCCGCCGGCUACCAGAACGUGCUCAGAAACACAGAGGUGAUGAGAGAGAUUCAGAAACUCUACGAAAACAAGUCCUUCCUCUUCUUGGGCUGCGGUUGGACUGUGGACGACACCACUUUUCAAGCCCUUUUCCUGGAAGCGGUCAAGCACAAAUCCGACCUGGAGCACUUCAUGCUGGUCCGGAGGGGAGAUGUCGAUGAGUUCAAGAAACUGCGAGAAAACAUGCUGGACAAAGGGAUCAAGGUCAUCUCUUACGGGAACGAAUACGCUGAUCUCCCCGAGUAUUUCAGGAGGCUGACGUGUGAGAUCUCCACGCGGGGCAGAACAGGGAUGGUGAGAGACGGCCAGCUGAACGGGUCCUCCACAGCACACAACGAAAGAGACUGUAGCACAUGAGGGAGCGACAGGAGCAGCCAGUGGAGCCUGAGCUGGAAGGCCCUGCCUUGGACAGUGUUUAACAAGUACAUUUGCAAGAACCCAAUGCAGCUCCUUGGAGUACGAAAACCCAAAAGUGGAAGGCUGGGGUGGGGCGGGAAAUGGGGGUCCUGUUCCAACUGUCUUCGUGCCAGCUGGUUCUUGACGCCCUGUAUGUGUUCCCAUUCAAGAAACCCAAGAGCCCAGGGGCCCCCCACGCAGCCCCAGGCUGGCACAGUGACCCUCCUACCGACUACCACACGACGACACGGAUGUGGGACCCAGGCGCUGUGGAACCCCCAGGCCCUGCUGCAGUUUUGUACUCUACACUUGGUUUUUCAACUGAGCUCAUGGCUUUUUUAAAACAUGACUUGAAGCCCUAGUUUUCUAGCUCUUUUACAGUGUACAGUAUUUUACAUAAUUGCGUUGUAUUAAAAGCUUGUUCGUUUA